CGCCGAAGGAGUAUUUAAGUCUGAAGAGUUUGGUUACUCAAUGGAAUUAGAUAGAAGUGACUUAACCUUCAAAGUAGUGAAUGCGCGAAUCCCAUGUAAAUAUGUUGUAUUGGGAAAUCCUAGCUGUAGUUUCUUGGCCCCUGGCUGUGGCUGCAGAAUUACCGGUAAUUGACCUAGGGUACGAGCGCCACCGCGCCAUCACGAUCAAUGACACGGGAGACUACUAUAACUUCACCAACAUCCGGUACGGUCAGGCACCGCUCGGCGAACUGCGCUGGGCGGCUCCUAAGGCACCGGGGAGUAGUAACAACAGCCUUCGAGUCACCGAUGGCUCCGAGCAGGGCGGCAACUGCCCACAAACUUUCCCUUGCUGGUUUCAGGUUCAGACGAAGUUUACACAAGCCUAUCUGGCAGGCGAUGAGUUCGAUUUCAAUUCGACAUAUGACCAGGUUUACGCAGACGGAGCGUGCUCGACCCCGACGCCAGAAAGCCAACGGGCACCAUCGGAGACGGAGGAUUGCUUGUUCUUGGACGUCUUCGUUCCGCGGACUGUACUUGACAGCCGCAGCAAUAUCAGCUCACUGGCACCAGUCUUGGUAUACAUCUUCGGUGGUGGCUAUUCGGGCGGCUCCAAGGACAGCUUUGGCUUCUUUGAAGGCAGUCCUGCCGGAUUGAUCGACAGUAGUCGCGUUACGAGCCCGGACGGCGUCAUCUACGUCGCCAUCAAUUACAGGCUCGGCGCACUUGGUUGGAUGUUCGGUUCUGAUUACAAUUCCCAAGGUGGACUUACCAACAUCGGGCUUUACGACCAACGACUGGCGCUGCAGUGGGUGCAGGAAAAUAUCCACCUUUUCGGUGGGGAUGCCAACCGGGUGACAGUCAUGGGAGAGUCUGCUGGAGGAGGUUCUAUUAUCAUGCAGAUGACAGCAUUUGGCAGUGGCGAGAAGGCGCCGUUCCAACAAGCGGUCACGCAGUCGGGUGCGUGGGAGCCCGCCUCUGCUGGCGCAGAUUUACAGAAUGAGAUAUUCGACAAAUUUCUCGGUUUAUUAAAUGUGACAGAUCUUGAGGAAGCAAGGCAGCUCCCGUCGCAGCAAGUCAUAGACGCCAAUCACAUCAUCCUGGCAAACGCUGGUUAUGGAAGCGUGUUCUUAGGACCGGUCGUUGAUGGAAAAUUCGUCCCAGACGACCCAAAAAGGCUGCUGCGUGAUGGCAAGGUCGACAAGAGCGUUAAACUCCUAACGACAAUCGCAGCGAACGAGGGCUUGCGCUUCGCGCCGGCCAACAUUACCAGCGAAGCCGAUUUCCAGCAGUUCACUGAUCUCUUCCUAAACUCAGCUAAUUCUAGCGUGCGCCGACAUGUGAGCGACAUCGUGUACCCGCCCCUAUUCAAUGGCUCGAUGCCAUACUCCAAUCAACGCGAGCGCGCAGCCCUAUUCUGGGCGGAGCUAGUUAGCACCUGCAACAUUCAAUACUUGCAUGAUGCCGUGGAUCCUACAGGCUAUGCGAACCUUUUCGACGUCUGGCCUAGUCUACACCAGGGCGACGUGCCGUACGUCUUUUGGAACGGCAACCCAUCAACGCACAGCGCUGUGAACGGGACAGUGGCGCGUGCGACACAGGACUACAUCACCGCGUUUGUAAUCACAGGAGAUUCUAACAACGCGGAGUCUGCCAGCAUCGAGCCAUACGACAAGAAGUCUGUCUUGGCUAUGACAAGUACGGGGUUCAGAGCUGUGGAUGAUCCGACCAACAAUGAGCGUUGCGCAUAUUGGCAUGACGCCACGUUCCAAUCUUAAAGCACAACCAGUGCCAAACAGGCACAUGGAUAUAAUUAUAAUGGACAAACUCUGCUUCAGGAUCUUUGGCUAGCGAAGACCUGUGCGUAACGUGCAGCGAAAAUAUUCAUCUG